AUGGGGCCCCCGGGAAAUAGGGGAUCAUGGGGCCCCUGUGUCCUUGCCCAAAACUCAAAACAGCCUAUGAAAAAGGUACCAAGGGCAUCUCAUGGGGCCCCCUACUGACCCGGGCCCUCGGGCAGCGCCCAAGUUUCCACAUGGUCAGUCCGCCCCUGCUCACCGGUCACACCGCUGCCAUUUAAAAUUUGUGUGCGAUUUUUUUGAAGACUUUAUUGCUACCUGUGAAGAUUUUCAACGAUUUAUUGCGAUUCGCGUGUUACCUAUAACGCUGCCUCCUCCUCCUCACUCCCUCUUUCUG